AUGACAAUCGGGGUUCCCGACCGUGGGCGAAAAACGCCCAUUUUUCGCCCUUCUGAAACUCUCUUAACAUUAUGGAAACAUUACAAUCAAGAUGAUUUAUGUUCAUUUUUUGGAUUAUUAGAAUCAGCUAUUAGAGUGUUCAAUUAUUUAGGAAGAAAAAAUGCAGAAAGAUUAAUUGGAAUAAGUAGUAUGCAUAUAGCGCCCAAACUAUCCACAUUACCAUCAAAAUUAAUUGGCAUAUCUCAAGUUAAUAUUAAAACAAGUGUAAAUCGUCGAUCCGAUCAUUUUAAUGAACAACAAGGACUAUUUGGACAAAGACAACAUCCAGCGCCAUCGUCUGCAUCCCAUCGUAAUUUGUUAGAUGCUAAUUUAAGUAGUGAAAUUAGCUUGAUUACGUUAGAUACAAUUUGUUUAUUUACACAAUAUUUUAAUGAUUCUUUACAUAGUUCCUACAAUUCAUCAAUAACUAAACGUUUAUUUGAUAUUUAUUUACUAUUUUUACGUACAAAUCAAUCAGAACUAUUUCUCAAACAUUUGUUUAAAGCCUUUAAAUUAUUAAUAAUCAAAAUACCAGCAGUGUUAUUUGAAGGUGAUACAUCAUUAUGUGGCCAAUUUUGUUAUGAAUUACUUCGAUUAUGUAAUUCACCGUUGCCAAAUUUAAGAAUCGAAGCGUCAACAUUAUUAUUUACAUUAAUGAAAACAAAUUAUCAAUUUACAAAUAAUAAACAUUUUAUUAGAGUACACGUACAAACAGUCAAAAGUGUAUCUCAGUUGUUAGAAAAACAACUUCAGUUAAAUUCAACAACACAAAGUCAUAUUGAUGAUAGUCUACGUCUCAUUAAUAAUUAUGCUAAAUAUGAAAAGAAUGUACAGUUUCAAGCAGAAGUUAGUGAUUUAAUUACACGUAUUCACACAGUAAUAAUGUCAAUGAAUCAAUUGAGUUCAUAUGAAGAUAAUGAUGAGAUGUACAUCGAUUUACUUUAUAAAAUAGCUCAAUCUUAUACGUCAACAUCAGAAUUAAGAAAAACAUGGCUCGAAUGUAUGGCUAGAAAACAUCAAAAACAACAAAAUUAUGCUGAAGUUGGUCAUUGUUAUCUUCAUAUUGCUGCAUUAGUUGCUGAAUAUUUGAAAAGAAGAGAAAUAUAUGAUUUGGGUUGUGAUGGUUUCAAUAAAAUAUCUUUAAAUAUGAAAUUAGAUGAAUCAUCUAUGAAAAAUGAUGUUUAUUUACAAGAUAUACAUUAUACAAUGAAAGAUCUCAUUCAUUAUUUAACAAAAGCUGGCCAUUAUUUACAUAUAAGUGAAAGAUAUGAAAUAUUAGGGGAAAUAUUUAACAAAUUAAUUGUACCAAUUCAUGAACAAAAUAGAGACUAUCAAGCAUUAGCAAUUGUUUAUGGCCAAUUACAAGAUUCUUAUUCAAAAGCGGUCGAUGUAAAUAAAAGUGGAAAAAGAUUAUUAGGUUCAUAUUAUAAAGUAGCAUUUUACGGAAAAAAUAUUUUUUAUGAACAUGAUAAAGCGUAUGUGUACAAAGAACCGUUUGUUACUCAAUUACCAAUGAUUCGUGAAAGAUUAGAAAAAUUAUAUUCAGCGUAUGGAAAAGUAAAAAUGAUUUUAGAUUCAAAUAAAUUAAAUCAGUUUGAAAAUGAUGUUAGUUACAUUCAAAUUGUCUUUGUUCAACCAUAUUUUGAUUCAAUCGAAAUAAAAGAUCGUGUCAAUGAAUUUGAACGAUCGAAUAAUAUUCGACGAUUCUAUUAUGAUACUCCAGUAACAUUAGAUGGAACAAAAGGUCAUACACAACAAAUUGAACAACAAUGUAAGAUAAGAACAAUAUUGACAACUUCUCAUUCGUUUCCAUAUGUGAAAAAACGUAUUGAAAUUAUCGAUCAAAUUGAAUUACAUUUAUCACCGUUGGAAACAGCAUUAGAUGAAAUUCGAACAAAAAAUUCUGAGAUUAGAGCUAUUCUAAAUGAAGAGCCCAUACGUAUAGUUAUGAUUCAAUUGUUACUAGCUGGAAGUGUACAACCACAAGUGAAUGUCGGUGUUAUGGCCUAUGCACAAGCAUUUCUAGAUGAGACUAAAGUCAAAUAUUACAAUCAGAAAUUAAUCAAUCAAUUAAAAAAUGAAUUAUCUGAUUUUUUAUGUUUAUGUAAUGAUUUAAUUAUUGUUCAUGAACGUGAGUGUACUGCUGAUCAACGAACCUAUCAUCAGACAUUAGUCGAAGCAAAAAUGAAUUUAAAUGAUUUAUUAAAACCAUUUCUCGAUAAUGUUGAUAAUCUCGAUCAAAUGUUAUUGUCUUCCAAACUUACACUAUUCAAUUCAGAAUCAGAUUAUACAACAGCUUAA